GCAUCCCUCCCCUCCUCCCCUCCCCUCCCCUCCCACGGGCCCCAACCAACUCGCCCCGCCGUCCCCGACCCGCGGCCCUAUAACCCCUCCAGACCCCCUCGAUCCGAUGCGCUAGCCGGCUGAUCCGGGGCCCUAAUCGCGCAAUUCCCGCCGCCAUGGACGCCCCCGCGCCUACCCCUGCCCCAGCCCCUCCCGCCGCCGCAGUGCCGGCCGAGGCCGCGGCGAGGCCGCCUGCUCCCGCUCCAGCUCCUGCUCCUGCGCCGCCGCCGCAGCCUGCCGCGGCGGCCCCGCCGGCGGGGAGGCAGCUGUUCUCCGUGGAGCUCCGGCCCGGGGAGACCACCAUUGUGUCGUGGAAGAAGCUGCUCAAGGAGGCCGGCCCGGGAGCCGCCCCGCCGCCCUCCCUGCCCGCCGCGGCGGUGCAGCCGGUCGUCGCCCCCCUCGCGGGGCCCUCUGGUGCCGCGGUACAUCCAACAGAAAACGACCCAAAUGAUCCAUCACAGUCAAAUCGGUUCAAUGCAGUUAUUGAGAAAAUCGAGCGCCUUUACAUGGGCAAACAUAGUAGUGACGAAGAAGAUCUGGGUGAUGUGCCUGAUGAUGAUCAGUAUGACACUGAAGAUUCUUUCAUUGAUGACGCUGAAUUGGAUGAGUACUUUGAAGUUGACAAUUUGGAAACCAAGCACACUGGAUUUUUUGUGAACAAAGGGAAAUUGGAACAAAGUGAGUAUGGCUCAGUACAAAAUGUUGUACCAGAUGGUGCAGUACAAAAUGUUGGACCAAAGAAACGGAGAAGAAGAGAUUCUUCAAAUUCUUACAUCGAAAAUAGCAAGGAGCUUGCACCAGGCAGCAUGCCUGUAAAAGUCCCUAAAAGAAACGCUCUUGAAAUAGGAAAAAACAUAGCAAGUAGUGACUUAAGUUCUUACAGCGAAUAUCACUCUGAAGGCAACAAACCGUUGACGAAUAAAAGUAAUUCCCCUGUAAGAAUGCAGAAAGUGAAUGCCAGUGACAAUGCAACUGGUGCUGAGUAUGCAUCACAUCCGAAGAUAUCAAGUAAGGGUGUUUCAUUACCUUCUUCAGAAAUAAAGGACUUGAACAAGCAUAAAACUGCAGUGCCCCAGGCUGUUGAUUUUGCUCGAAAGUCUACAACUAAUGCAAUAAACCCUUAUCCAGCAUACUUGGAGAAGGAUGCUGCAGUGCAACUUGAUCUCCAAUUGAAAAAAUCCUCUAAUGUGGCGAAGCCAGAUUUGCCAAAGAAAAUGCGCCGCAAAGAAAACUAUGGUGUCAAUCAGUUUCCUGGGUUGACUACAGCAGACAACGUAUAUUCGACACAAACAACGCACUUGGCUGCGAACAGGCGCAUAGAAGGUUCAGGUAUUAAGGCCAAGGGUACCAGACUUGAGCGAGCUAUUCGUGACCUUGAAAAUAUUGUCGGUGAAUAUAAACCACAUACUCUUGAUGUUCCGUACAUUGAUCCAAAUUGUCAAGGAGCGGUCAAAAGAAGAUUGCCUCAAGAAAUAAAACAAAAACUUGCUAAGGUCGCAAGGUUAUCGGCAAAUCAGGGUAAAAUCUCAGAAGAUGAAUUGAUCAAUCGUCUCAUGGGCAUAGUUGGGCACCUUGUGCAGCGUAGGACACUGAAGAGAAACAUGAAAGAAAUGGUUGAAUCGGGUAUGUGUGCUAAACAAGAGAAGGCUGACAAGUUCCAACAAGUGAAAACUGAGAUCUAUGAAAUGGUCAAAGCACGUCUAGACACCAAGCCCAAGGUUACUGAACAAAGGGAUGAUUCAGCACAUGAUUUUCAGGGGGGUGUCAAUAUUGAUGAUAAAACAGCCUUAAAAGGCAAAUUUGUUCUGGAUGCUCCACUGGAGGACAGGAUCUGUGAUCUAUAUGAUCUUUAUGUUGAGGGUAUGGAUGAAGACAAGGGCCCUCAGAGUCGUAAGUUAUAUGUAGAGCUUGCUGACUUAUGGCCACAAGGUUACAUGGAUAAAGUUGAAAUUCGAAACGCCAUUUCAAGAUCAAAGGAGCGAAGGAAUUUAUUGUACCGGCAGCGCAAGGUUCGCAACGAGGAGAGAAUGAAGAGGAGAAGGAUAGCUGCUGCUGCCAAGUCACGAGAUGGCAACCCAAUGGUGGCUCACUAUGCUACAGCACAGCAAGUUAUGCAACCGCCCGUGAAAGACGCUAGUCCAUCGAUGACAAGCACGCACACCUUGUAUCCUGUCGUUAACUAUGGACACAGCCAGGUCUGCAGAAACGCCGACAGAGUUGGUGAAGUGACCGUGGGUGCAGUAUCUGACGGCAACCGUAGUUCGGACGCCGCCGUGGAUCUGCAACUGCAAGCUAACCCACUGAAGGCCCCCCCGCGGUAUGUCAGUGAGAAGCAGAAGCCUGCAAAGCGUGCGGAUGAUGCAAAGGUCGGCAGUAGCAGUAGCCUUCCUCAGACGGUGCUUGCCAUUGCAGGCUAUGACCCCCAGCGGCCCGGCUACAGCUAACAAAAUCAUUUUGGUGGUGCUCCAUUGGGGAACAGAAGAAUAAAUCAUGGCCAAAGGUUGGCUUGUAACAAAGAUAGGUAGGUAGAUGUUCGAUGUGCUCGCUGCCAAUUGACUUCUGAGCAAAUUAUGUUUGAACUCUUAACGCGUCAUCUUGACUGAGAAGGGUAUUUUCUGGCCCAUUUGUAGUUUGGAAAGAUGAAUAAUUUACAUUGUUUGGUCUGUUUCGUUUGUCAUUGUUCCCCUCGAUGUAAUCAUUCUGUUGUUGGUUCUCUCUCACCAACAUCUGCAUCUGAGAUCCAUUUUGAGUGCCGGAAUUUAUCAUAUGACCCUGUUUAUCAGAAA